GUGACUGACAUGCAAAUCAGACCCAGCAUGUCACGCCCACGUUCAACAAACUACCAAUGGUUGAUGACGUGGGCGGGGCCUGUAGGAUAACAGCGGAGGAUUCAAACUGAACAUGGCUGCGGAUAAAGAUGUCGAUGAAAAUACACAAAAUAGAAGGGGUACAGUGUGCAGUAUGGUGAUCAAUCAUGAGGAAUCACCGGGCGGCUCUCGUGCUGGCCGACCGCCAGUCAUCUUCAACCCGGACUUUUUUGUGGAGAAACUCCGCCAUGAGAACCCUGAUGUUUUCCUGGAGCUGGUGCUUAGUAACAUCACUCGCCUUAUUGAUCUUCCUGGUACAGAGUUUGCACAGCUCCUUGGUGAGGAGGGCCCUAAGACUCCAACAGGUGGAAAUGGAGGCUUCUUUCGCUCUUUCAACUUCCUCAAACGCAAAGAUAAAGGCGUUGUGUUUGGAACCCCACUGACGGAGAGCUGCAUUGCACAGAUCUACCAGCUCAUUGAGUACCUCAGCAAAAACCUACACGUGGAGGGUCUGUUUCGGGUGCCGGGGAACAGUGUUCGGCAGCAGGCCCUGAAGGAGCUCCUCAACAGCGAGGCCGAUGUUGACCUGGCGUCUGGAGACUUUCAUCCCAAUGACGUGGCCACGUUGCUCAAGACUUUCCUGGGAGAGCUGCCCGAGCCCCUUCUCACACACAGACACUUCCAUGCACACCUUAAGAUAGCUGAUAUGACUCUAUUUGACGAACACGGCAACAAGACUGCGAUACCCAACAAGGAGCGUCAAAUAGAGGCCCUGCAGCUUCUCUUCCUGCUGUUACCUCAGGCCAACCGCUCACUGCUCAAACUGCUGCUGGACCUGCUCUACCACACUGCCAAGCAGCAGGACAAGAACAAGAUGUCCGCCUUCAACCUGGCCCUCAUGUUUGCCCCGCACGUCCUCUGGCCCAGACACAUGACAGCUGGUGACCUGAAAGACAAUCUGAAGAAACUGAACAACAGCAUGGCCUUCCUCAUCAAACACUCGCAGAAACUCUUCAGGGCUCCAGUCUACCUGCGGGAUUAUGCCAGAGUGCACUUCACUGGGACAAAGGCUCUGCAUACUAAGGAUGAUAUGGAGCUGCUAGCGGCAAGUAGCUGUCCUGCUCAGCGGACAGUGUUGCCCCUGAAGAGGGCGGCUGUUCUGGGCCCCAGCUCUCUGGAGCAGUGCCAAUCACCAGCUCAACAAUACACAGAAGAGGCUCUGAAGGAGCUCUUCAGACACGUCCACCACAACAUGCCGGACUCGGCCAAGAAGAAGAAACUUGUCCGACAGGUUCACAUCAGGUUGGUCAAACAGACAACCUCAGGGACGCCUACUAAAGAGCACCAUCAGGCCCCCCCUGCUCCCAGCAAGAAACAUCCCCGUUCGCGCUCCUUUGGUGGCCUCAUCAAGCGCAGAGCUCGUGGUGAGCAGCUGACAGCAGAGAGGCGGGUCAGACACAUCUCCCCUGAUACUGGCACAGGAAGAAAACCUGGUAAAGAGAACGUCAUCCUGCAAGCGGUGAAUAGCCCAUUAAAUGGCCCUGUGUUGGGGAAGGCGGGGCUGGUAGUAAAAAACUCAGACUUUACUUUCAAUAAGGACAAAGCUCUAAAGGUUUCCAAGCAGGACUCGCCCUCUGUGUCCAGGUCGUGUUUUUCUCCUGCUCAGGAGAUCUCCGUGUGAAACCCGACACCACCUCCUCAUCUCAGACAGGACUUGGGCAGUGUUAAUAUUAUUAUUCCUCAUGUUUAUCAUCACCUUUUCAUUGUAGUAAGUCUGUUUUAACUGACUAAUAUACAGCAGUUUUAGACUUGGUCAGAACAGGCAAACCAAAGCCAGGAACUCUUCUUCUCCUCUUUUCUGCCGCACAUCCAUCAAGACGUGAGUAAGUGUUUACAAACUGGUACCAACAGUUUAGUUAAAGCCUCCACUGUAGCUUUGCUCUUAGAUGGCCUCAGUGUAAAGUUGCUUGAUGGGGAUAAAAUGAAUCUACUUCGAAUCAUACAGAACAAUUAUGACCUAAACAUGUGAUAUUUAAUGACACAUGCAAAAUCACAUGCUAAAUGCAUUUUUACUUCCAGAAAUACUUUCAGAAAGCCCCUAAUUUCUUUCAGUUCUGUUCAUUAAUAAUUUUAAUAAUUUUAGCAUUCAGAUAAUAGAAUUGUUUAUCAAGAUAAACAAUAUUUUUAGCAUGAUUAAAUUAAGCAACACUAUGAAAUUAUUGAUCAUCUACACUUGACCCGAUGAAGUCUGCUGCAGCUGCUGUAAGGAAUGCAAAUUUCAUUUUUAAUAACAUUCAGAUUUUUUUUUUUAAAUUUAUGUAGUUUUUAUACCACAUAAUGGUCAGGUUUCAAUAGUGUUUUGGAAUAUUUCUGCUAUCAGAGUUUUGGGACUGAAAGAGGUUUUAACUGAUAACUCGAAUCAAGUGACACUUUUUUUGUGUGUGAAUUCAUAUGAUGGGAUUGGAUGUAGGGCAGGGUGACCGAAAAUGAGAAUCCUAAUCAUUUUAUGUAAUAAGCUCAGUACAGUAGCACAUUGUAAAACAUGAUCUUUCAGCAGAUCGUAUAAUGCAGACUUGAGGUUGUCCCAGAUGGUAAACUAUUCACGCAUAAGCAUUAACACUCAUCACAUUGCAUGGCGCUCUGUUUUGAAUAAACAUUUUCUGAACUUUGGGGUUAUUGCUUAGCUCCACUUGAAUGUGAAUAAUUGAAAUCAAACCGUGAACAGGUUCUUUGCUUUGGUUUGGCUUCGCUGGCUCAUACCUGCUUGUGCCAGUUGUCACUUGAAACUUGUUUGUUAGCUACUGUAUCAGAAUCUGACCACUAGCAAGCUGAGCUUACAGUCUGCUGUAGAGUAUAGAAUAUACAUGUUGUACAGUUUGUGUGUGUGUGUGUGUGUGUGUUAAGUUUUUAGGCUUAUUGGGAACUGAUGUUUGGUUUUUGGUACGAUAUUUUUUAACUCUGGUUACUGGAUGAUUUCUUGGUGUUGUGCUGCUGAUGCAGGAUCAGUGAGCAGGUCACUUUAUUUUUUAAUUGUUUCAUCCUGAUAUGAGAAACAGGAUUUAAUUAAUAAUCACCUUUUACUACUCUAACAGACUUGUUCAUUAAGAAAACACUGACUGGGAUCCCUGUUUGUGAACUUAUCAAAUAUGAAAAGUUAAUUUCCCAGAAUGUCUAAUGGGACGUAAACAUUAUUAUUAUUUUUUUUUAAUUUAAAAAAAAAAACAUUUUACUUUUUUACUUCAGUUAGAUGAUGGAAGCGUCAUUUGUUUUAAUUAUAACAAAAGUGGUUGAGAGAUUUGUUAUGCUGAUGGUUUAAAUGAAAGCUGAAAAUGUUUUUUGUAUGAAUUUACUCUGAUUGAAAUGAGCAGCAAUCCGUUCCUUAAGAAGAGAGGACGUGUGUGUCUGUUGACGUGAGUCUGAGUAAAGUAAGAAAGGAACUUAACAUGGUUGGACGUCAGGCAGUGUCACCUGUUUCUGUUUCAGCAACAGUUUUUAACACAUUAUAUGUUAAUAGCACAUUAUUAUAAAAUAUAAGCUGUUAGUUAUUAAUGAUGCAUUAAUGUGUGCCAUCCCAAACUUUUUAAACUUAAGUAUUUUAGGAUUGUAUGUGAGUAAAGGGAUAUUAAGUAAUGUACACGAGGAAUGUAACAACUUUGAGUUUUCUAACAGACACAGAGGGCCAACAUAAAGGUCCAGUAAAGAGACAAUAUUUAGUUUGUGCUGAGUAUAAACAUGUUUCUCUACAAAAGUAAGCUUAAUGUCUCAAAUGCAUCAGUGUUUGUUUUUUAAUACAUCAAGCAAAACAGCUCUGCAAUUUGUUGCUUAGUUAAAAUACAGUAUAAAAUUACAAAAUUUAGAUUCAAAUGCAUAUAUAUAUCUCACAAAGAAUAAGUAACCAAAGGCAAUUUUUUAGUACUUGUUAGUUUCCUAUAAUUGCCGGUACAUAAAAAGUUCGUUCAGUACUCAAGAAGCACAUAUUCCCGAUCUGAUGAAGGCAGAGCAGUUGAGAAAAAUUUAAGGGAAUAAACAAUUUAAACGACACAGAUGCAUUGUCGGUUUUGUGUUUGCAGAAAGUAAAAAUGUUACUUAAUGCCCCUUUUUAAAUAUUUGGGACUGUCUCAGUUCCUUCAGCUAUACUCUUCAUGACUUACGGUAACUGAUGUCUGCUCAAUUUGUUAUAGCGAGUAUGGAUGCACCAGUACAAGUUCUAAAUUUUCUCCAGCUCCUCCACCGGGAGGUCGGAGGUCAGCUGCAGAGCUGGCGGGGAUCCACUGCCUUGCUCAGUGACACAUCAGCGGGAGAGAUGCUCGGCAACAUGGGCCUGAAACCAAACUGGCUCUGUACUCGUUUUGGUAGAAUUUGAAAAUGAUGAUGGGGAAAUCUGGGAAAAGUUUUGCUUUUAUUGAUGAUGUGCAACAUGUGUCUCAUGCUCAUGGUUAUGUAAUUUGGUAGCAGAUUCUCCUUAGCCCUUACCUGUAUUUUUUCUCCCCCUUGUGUUAGGAAUCUGUUACUGGUGCAUCCUGUUUUGAAGGUGUUGUGGAUGUUGUAACGAUGGGUUUGGUGAAAGUGAUUGAGGUGUUGAACGUGAAUGACAUGGCAGGUGCAGAUGGACACUGAAAGACCUUACCUACUCUUUUGCUUUGCAGUAUAUUGUCAUAUUCUGAAGGCAAUAUUGUACAAUGGUCUACACAGGACUUUAAAAAAAAUGUAAUUAACCUGGCUGACUGAAUCUCAGCAGAGAAACAGCGUUUUUGAAACUGAACUAGGAUCUCUCCACGUCGUCCUGUCCUCUUCUCAUGGCGUCUCCUCAUCCUUUUCAGUUCUCUGCAGACUGCAGUUUUACAAACCUGUUUUUUAAGUGAGAGCUAAAUUGGAUUCUGUUGUAUUUAUUGCUGUUUGGGGAAACAAAAAUGACUUUUUAUGCGGAUGGAAUUUAUGAUCUAAGGUACAUUCAUUUUUGCUGUAGUACUGUUCCCUUGUUUUAUUUUAAAUUUUUUGAGUUUACUUUUGUCGCUCAGAUGAGAGCAGUUACAUUCUGAUUAUUUGAAACACAGAAAGCCCGUCAGAGCCCUGUUGUUUUACGUCUGUUUGUCUCUUUACAUAAAUGUGAAAUAUUUAGUUACUGAUCUCUACUUGCUUGCUGUACAUGGUCACAGAUGAGUUCUUCUGCACACUGUGAGAACAACAGAUGCAGAUAAAAGUAAAAUACGACAAAAGCGGGUGGAAUUCCCUUUAAACUUUACCCGAAUGGUUGAUUGCACCUUAUUUCUUUGUUAAUGAGGGUCAUAAACGUGGAUAAACAUCACUUUUACACGCUGAAUUUUGAUUUAGAUUAAAGGUGAUCCAACAAAAAUUUAGUCUUAUUUGUCUAAGCACAGUUUUUCCAGUGUCAUGAUCCAGUCUAACUCAUCUGUGACUGUUAUUCCAUCUGGUUUAAACUGUGGUAACCUUUUGUUUGUUUUUUGUAUUUUAGUGUAAAAUAAGUUAACCCUGUACAUUGGAUUCCUUGGCGAACCGUCCGCUUUGGAUUAAAACUUUUUUAUGUUUCCUACA